CUCUGCUGUCAGUGUACAUUUGGAAGUGGUGGCGAAGAGUCGCGCCAACAGGACUAACAAUAAGUCCUCGCGUAAAGUACUCUAAAACUAACAGCUAAACAGUGACCUUGUGUCCUCGCGUCUGAGUGAUUACGACGGCGACAUAAACCUAAGUUUGUGCGAACUCACAUAACCUACAAAAUGUCGGAAAAUUCGCAGGACGUUUUAAAGGAUGCAGCCGCGGCGACAGCAGUCGUUGGCGGAUCACUAUUUAGCACAUUUGAUAUCAUAAUGUUAGUUUUCUUAUUGGGAGGUGCAGCCUGGUGGUUGUGGACCUCUAGAAAGGACAACAAGAAAGAUGAAAUCCUUCUCAGCAAAUAUUCCAUACAGCCAGCUGGUACAAUUCAAAUUACGGAAAAUUCUUUCAUAAAGAAACUACAAGCGUCAGGGAGAAGCUUAGUAGUAUUUUAUGGAUCUCAAACAGGCACCGGUGAGGAGUUCGCAGGUCGCCUGGCUAAGGAGGGCAUCCGAUAUAAGAUGAAGGGAAUGGUCGCUGACCCCGAAGAAUGUGAUAUGGAAGAGUUAACUAAACUCAAGGAUAUACCAAAUUCUAUGGCCGUGUUUUGUAUGGCAACCUAUGGUGAAGGAGACCCAACAGAUAAUGCUAUGGAGUUUUAUGAGUGGCUGAAGAAUGGAGACCCUGACCUAACUGGAUUAAAUUAUGCCGUGUUUGGUCUCGGCAACAAGACUUAUGAGCAUUACAAUGCAGUAGCUAUUUAUUUAGACAAAAGAAUGGAAGAAUUGGGUGGCACUAGAGUCUAUGAAGUGGGUUUGGGAGAUGAUGAUGCUAAUAUUGAAGAUGAUUUUAUCACAUGGAAAGACAAGUUCUGGCCAUCGGUGUGUGAAAUGUUCAACAUUGAGAGCACAGGCGAGGAGGAGCUGGUUCGUCAGUUCCGCCUGGUGACACACGCCCCCGAGGACCUCACACCCAAUAGUGUCUUCACUGGUGAAAUUGCUCGGUUACAUUCCCUUCAAGUGCAGAGGCCUCCUUAUGAUGCUAAGAACCCAUUCUUGGCUCAAAUCAAGGUGAACAGGGAGUUGCACAAGGGUGGCGACAGGUCAUGUCUACAUGUCGAGCUGGACAUCUCCGACUCCAAAAUGCGAUAUGAAGCAGGUGACCAUGUGGCUGUAUAUCCCAUCAACGAUACAAUUUUAGUUGACCAAUUAGGAAAAUUGACUGGUGCCAACCUUGACGAGAUAUUCUCUCUCAUCAACACUGACCAAGAAAGCAGCAAGAAGCAUCCCUUCCCGUGCCCCACCUCGUACAGGACCGCUCUGUCUCAUUACAUUGAGAUUACUGCUCUGCCUAGGACUCACAUUCUGAGAGAGCUGGCUGAAUAUUGUUCUGAAGAAGAGGACAAGAAGAAGCUGUUGCUAAUGGCAACCAACUCUCAGGAGGGCAAGGACUUGUACCAGUCAUUUGUGGUCGAUUCUUGCAGGAACAUCGUGCACAUCUUAGAGGACAUAAAGUCGUGUAAACCCCCAAUAGACCACCUUUGCGAGCUGCUGCCACGACUCCAGCCUCGAUACUACUCCAUUUCUUCUAGUCCUAAGCUACACCCGGAGACGGUGCACAUCACCGCCGUGGUGGUGCAGUACAAGACUCCGACGGGCCGCCUGAACAAGGGCGUGGCCACCACGUGGCUCGCCGAACACAAGCCUAAGGAUGGCGAGUACCCACGCGUACCGGUCUUCAUCAGGAAGUCGCAGUUCAGGCUACCACUGCAAACUCAGACUCCAAUCCUGAUGGUAGGCCCGGGCACGGGUCUCGCGCCUUUCCGCGGCUUCUUGCAAGAGAGGGCGCACGCGCGCGAGAGCGGCAAGGAGGUCGGCGACAACAUACUCUAUUUCGGGUGCAGGCAUCGCGACCAGGACUUCAUCUACCAAGAGGAGCUAGAACAGUGGGCCAAGAACGGAGACGUGACGCUGAACCUGGCGUUCUCUCGCGACCAGCCGCAGAAGGUGUACGUCACGCACCUGCUCGAGAAGAACCUAGAACAGAUCUGGGACGUCAUCGGCAAGCGGAACGGACACUUCUACAUCUGCGGUGACGCAAAGAACAUGGCGGUGGACGUCCGCAACCUCAUCCUGAAGGCCAUCCAGCAGCAGGGCGGCAGGACCGAGGCCGAGGCCGUGCAAUUCCUCAAGAAAUUGGAAUCCAUGAAAAAGUAUUCAGCGGACGUAUGGAGUUAAAACCUUCAUAUAACACGUUAGGUAAAUUAAUUCAACUAUUAUCGAGUAAGUAUAGGCUAGUUUCAGAGUUAAAUCAGCACAUGGUGAGACUUCAAAACAAAUAGCUAAUUGGUGGAAGUACUUUCCAGUCGUUAUAAGUCUCGCGCAUUUCGAAAGUGGUUCAAGUCUGUUGCUCAUUGAUUUUACGGUUAUACAGAACCUUAUGCCGUUGUUCAUUAUCUUCUUCGCGUUGUCCCUGCAUUUUGACACGGCUCAUGGGAGCCUGGGUUCCGCUUGGCAACUAAUCCCAGGAAUUGGCGUGGGCACUAGUUUUUACGAAAGGGACUGCCAUCUGUCCUUCCAACCCAGAGGGUAAACUAGGCCUUAUUGGGAUUAGUCCGGUUUCCUCACGAUGUUUUCCUUCACCGGAAAGCGACUGGUAAAUAACAAAUGAUAUAGGUACAGAACCUUAUGCCGUUGUUAAGGAAACUAUAAAUUACCUAUAAUAUUACCCCACCUUGACUGGCAAAACGCAAGUCAUUAAUGACCAGUGAUCGGAAUAGGCAGAGUAUAUUUACAUACCUACACUUGGUAGAACAUAGAUAAAAAGUGGAGACUUUCUUACGAAAACAUUUUUUUGCGGGACUAAAGUCCCGGGAACUUACCGAAUGAUUAAUAUUGUUCUGAAUAGUACAAAAAACAAUGCAAACUGCUUCAAUACAAUAAAUAGGCAUAAAAUAAAACAACCAAUAUAUAAACGGAUUCUUCUAUAUUUAUUUUUAAUAAACUCUCUUUAUGUACAAAGUUAUUAUUAUUUUAUUAACUUGUCAAUUCCUACGAUGUGACGUCACCAUAAGCGUUGCGGCUCAUAUAUGAGCCGUGGGAGUGGACAAGUUAAGUCUAAAUAUAAAUAAGAUUGCAACUCAAUCUACAAAUACAAAAUUAUUAUAUUGAUUUAAACUAACACCAUUUUCACACAUACCUAUUAUUAAAUGAAAACGGGACUUAAUCGCGUAACACUUAUAUGUAAUAUUUGGCCCAAGGUUUCGGAUGUCACAUUACGUCCGUGGUCAGAGGCAUACGGGUAGGGAGUUGUGUCAACAUUUUCUAGCUAUACGAGUUUUUGGAACUACCCGCACUUGAUUUCCAUUAGUUACUUUUAUGCUAGGGUAAGUGCUACGCGAUUAAGUCCCGUUUUCAUUUAAUUUACAAAAUUAUUUGUCGUCACUAUCAGAAUCACAUUCAUUCAUUUCAGUACUAUUAUUAUUCUCCUGGAGAUGAUUGAAAUAUAUUACUAUAAUUUUUUCCAUAUUUUCAAUUUUCAGUCUAUUUCUUUUCACGCUUAAAAUCCACUUGUAUGUAGAAAAUGACCGUUCAACGUCUACAGAUGUGAGUGGUGCAAAAUUAUAAAUCAAAUCAUCAUCUGCGUCGAUCCCUUGAACAAUUCUCUCACUUUUUUCUCUAACUAUGCCAUAGUCAGGAUUGCGUUCUAUAACUUUCUCUAAUUUAUUUUCUAUUAUUUCGUUCGACGACCAGUUCAAAACACAUCUAACGUUGUCAAUACUAUCAAAAUAUUUUGCUAGCGAUAAUUUAGACUCUUGUAAUUUUGUAAGUGCUACUUGAAUUAUUCUAUAGUUUUCGUGAAUAAAAUUUAGUUGGGAUUGAAUAUUUUCUUUCCUCAUUGCGGCUUUUGCUUUUCUUAUAGAUAUUGCUUCAUUGCUAUUAAGGUUACCUACAACAUCCGAUAUUUGUUGAAAAUGUUCCGCAUAAUACGACGUUGCCUUUAGCCAUGUACCCCAUCUAGUAAUUACUGGUUGCGGAGGUAGCGGUAAAUUAGGGUACAUAUCCUUAUUGAAACAUAGGGUACAUAUCGUUUGAAAUAAUAUAAAUACAAUAAUGUUAUAUUAUCACUCGUAAACUAGUACAAACUUGUAGUGUUGUGGUUACUAUUUAAUUUUACGUACAUUGGGGAUACAUUAUGAGAUUUUAUUUAUUUUACUGAUUUUUAAAUCCGGGAAGUCCCGGAAAAAAAUGUUAUCGCAAGGAAGUCUCCACUUCAUGACUUUGUUCUACCAAGUGUAGGUAAAUAUACUCUGCCUAUUCCGAUCACUGUUAAUGACAAAAGUGGAAACUUGAGUGUUUGUAGUAUUAUGUAUCCGUUUACGUCACUGAUUUUUUUUCUCAUUACUGCUGUUCCUAAUUUAGCUUAUUUACAUGAAACUAGCCUAUGAUUAAGUUCGCACAAAUGUAUGAUUACAUGACCUAGGCAAGCGGUCAUCGAAUUCGAAGUUUAAUGAUGUUUUUGUACCCACAUUAAAAGUGAUGAUUUUUACUGCCGCGAAGCAUUAGGUAAUUUACAUAUUCGGCAAAACUGGCCGCCCCUCACGCAUAUAUAUAUAUUUGUUAAAAAAACGUAGAACAUUCCUCAUUAUACAAUGACGUCAAUGACUUAUCACCAGACAUCGUAAAUUUAAAUUUCGUAGUAUUUCCAUUGCAGCGUAGUUGAGUUUAAGAAAUUGGUAGAAACAAUUUCAAGGAAUAUUAUCGACUGGGUUCCCUAAUAAGGGAUAACAGGAAUGCAUCAUUAUCGACUAAGGCUAUUAAUUCUAAUUUCAACUUGAAUUAAGUCUAUCAUAGACAGUGUCGAGACCGAAAAUUUUAUUAAAUUUACGAUGUCUGCCUAUCACAGAAUAAUAAAUUCCUGCCAAUAGCUAGAAUGAUAAGAUUACGGUUCUGGAUAAUGACGUAUACCUACCUAGGUAAUAAUUGCGCCGACACGUUCUUUCAGUUAUUCGUUAUCAACUUACCUAACUGAAAUAUAAUUAAAUAAAUGUAAGAUUGUUUUGAAUUGCUUUUGUUUUAGCUAAUAGAGAAAUAGAUGCCUUCCUCGUCCUACCUGUACUGUUUUAUAUCCCUAUUGCUAUAGAAGUGCGGAAACUAAUUUUGUUCAUUUCUGCCCUACAGUUAGCUAAGUUGUCAAGUUUAAGUUUCAUGUAUCCAGCAUUCGUAUAGUGUGAGACUUUGUAUAGCGACGUGGUAUUGCGUGACGUGUGACAACGAGUGGGUUAUAACAGUAACCUUAGGUUAUUUUAAAUACAUUGUUCUGUUGACCUUCGAUUACUAAGUGAUUGAACGUAGAUUUAUUUAUUCAUUUACCGAAGUUUAAUUAGGUACCUUAUUCGUUAUGUAUAUUUCAAAACAAAUAUUUAUAUGGUUGUGUUAAUUACUUUUCCAUUUGAAGUUAUUUACUAACAGUUCUCAUAGGAAUAAUCGGUUCGGUUCAGUUCUUUUUGUUAAAUUUUAUUUCAGUUUUUUCCUAUAGGCAAAGUAAUACUAAGUAAUAUUCUCAAAUGGAAUAGUAUUUAAUUGGUCUGCGUAUGAAAACAUAGUCAAUAUAUUGUUGAACAAGUUUGUAAUGUUUGUUAUUGUUGUAUUUGUACAAGUACCUAAAAAACUAAUAAAUUGUUGUCAUGUUUUUAUGUAAGUGGACUGGGAAUAGAUUUAAGUAUAUAAAAGUUUAUGUAUUUUUGUAUUUAUGAGACAAUAUUAUUAAAACAGUUUUAUAU